CGGUGGCCGAGACCCCGACGGGGAAGCGGCGGCUGAGGCAGGGUCGCGCCUCAGUCGGAAGCCUGGGUUGAGUGCAGCAGGGUUCUCUGCGGCGGGCGAGAACGGACGCCCUAGACCUCGCUUCCCUCCCUCGCCCCAGAUUCAUUAUUAAACAUGGGUGCAUUUUUGGAUAAACCCAAAACUGAGAAACAUAACGCUCAUGGUGCUGGGAAUGGUUUACGUUAUGGCCUGAGCAGCAUGCAAGGAUGGAGAGUGGAAAUGGAAGAUGCACACACAGCUGUUGUAGGUAUUCCUCACGGCUUGGACGACUGGUCAUUUUUUGCAGUUUAUGAUGGUCACGCUGGAUCUCGAGUAGCAAAUUACUGCUCAACACAUUUAUUAGAACACAUCACUAAUAAUGAAGACUUUAGGGCAGCUGGGAAAUCAGGGUCUGCUCUUGAGCCCUCAGUGGAAAAUGUCAAGAGUGGCAUCAGAACUGGCUUUUUGAAAAUUGACGAAUACAUGCGUAACUUUUCCGACCUCAGAAAUGGAAUGGACAGAAGUGGUUCAACUGCAGUGGGGGUCCUGAUUUCACCCAAGCAUAUCUACUUUAUCAACUGUGGUGAUUCACGUGCUGUUCUGUACAGGAAUGGACAAGUCUGCUUUUCCACCCAGGAUCACAAACCUUGCAAUCCAAGGGAGAAGGAGCGAAUCCAAAAUGCAGGAGGCAGCGUAAUGAUACAGCGUGUUAAUGGUUCAUUAGCAGUGUCUCGUGCUUUGGGGGACUAUGAUUACAAGUGUGUUGAUGGCAAGGGCCCAACAGAACAACUUGUUUCUCCAGAGCCCGAGGUUUAUGAAAUUUUAAGAGCAGAAGAGGAUGAAUUUAUCAUCUUGGCUUGUGAUGGGAUCUGGGAUGUUAUGAGUAAUGAGGAGCUCUGUGAAUUUGUUAAAUCUAGGCUUGAGGUAUCUGAUGACCUGGAAAAUGUGUGCAAUUGGGUAGUGGACACUUGUUUACAUAAGGGAAGUCGAGAUAACAUGAGUAUUGUACUAGUUUGCUUUUCAAAUGCUCCCAAGGUCUCAGAUGAAGCAGUGAGAAAAGAUUCAGAGCUGGAUAAGCACUUGGAAUCACGGGUUGAAGAAAUUAUGGAGAAGUCUGGUGAGGAAGGAAUGCCUGAUCUUGCCCAUGUCAUGCGCAUCUUGUCUGCAGAAAAUAUCCCAAAUUUGCCUCCUGGGGGAGGUCUUGCUGGCAAGCGCAAUGUUAUUGAAGCUGUUUAUAGUAGGCUGAAUCCACAUAGAGAAAGUGAUGGGGUUGGGGUGCCUGGCUGGCUCACUAGAUGGAGCAUGUGACUCCUGAUCUUGGGGUCAUGAGUUCAAGGCCCACACUGGGUAUGUAGAUUAGUAAAAAAUAAGCUAUUUCAUUGGUUUAGGUUCUAAUCUUAAAAAAAAAAAAAAAAAAAAAAGCUAGGUUGCGUCUUAUAACUAGAGGUAGAAAUUCUGCGAGAUCUGUGACUUCAUCUGAUUUCUUUAUGGCUAUAGUCCCGGCACCUACAACAGUGCCUGGCAUGUGGUGAGAACUCAGUAAAUACUUGCUAAAUAAGAGCCAUUUCUAUUUAUUAAUUUCUAGGUGUUUGCUUCAGACUAUCCUUAAGUCAUAUAUUUAAAAAAAAUAAUCUGAGGUUGCUAAUUUGUAUGAAAGUACAUGUAUAGAGUUUUAUAUUUUCCAUGGAAAAAUGUUAAGUUCUUCCCUCAAAGAAUACUUAAAAUGCUUUUUAAUUAGUAUAUUACUGAUCAAGUAGCCAUAUAGGUUGAUGAUUUUCCAAGGGCAAAGGGGGGACUUGUAGCUGUCCAGUUGUUGGAUAUGUAUAAAGUCAUAGGUGAUAUCCUCAACACCCUUCUUUUACAGGUAAGCCUGAGAGUCAGGGAGAGGAAGUAGUUAGCCUAGGUUGCAAAGCUAAAUAAAUGAUACAGCCAGAAUUUCAGUCUAAGGCAUGGGGAUUCCCAGAACCAUUGUCUUUACACCUUUCUGUGUUACCUAAGAUAUUUAGAGAUUACAUAUAUGUCUGUACCCCAUCUCUUUACUAGCCAUGAAAAAUCAUUCCUCAUUCUUUUGUGAAUCUCCUGUUUAAUAGUCUUAAGAUACUCUGGUUUUGAAGAGGAAUAUUUCAUGAAGUUUUUGAAACUAAGCAGCCAAGUCCGAUAGCUUACCAGUUAUUUUUCUUUUAAAUAGUACACAUUUUUGUUUGUCCUAAUCCAAAAUCUUUUUUAAGGCAUUUGAUUUUUGAGAAGGGAGGAGAGACCGGACAAAAGCCCAAAAGAAUCUUCGUAUUCUGUUUUCACAUUAAGUUUUAUAUAUAGCCUUUCUGUUGAUAAUUUCAAACUGAUCAGUUACAGUAAACAUAGCUGCUUUUACAUUUUUAUAUCACAGUUUCAGGACUGUGUGCGUACUAGUCUUUUGGUAAAUUGUUUUCUUUUUUACUUCUCAGAACAUAUUUAUGGAGAAGAUCUAUACUGUUUGAAAAUAUGCCAAACUUUAGUCUAUUUUUGAAGAUGGGACAACAUACUGCUUCUCUAAGCUGUGUGGUCUUGAUCAUUUAAAUGACUCUUUAAAAUAAUUUCAGAUUCAUUAAAUUUUACAUAAUCCUUGCAGAUAACAGCUAAUUAGAUUCUUCCUUAGUCGUUGUUAAUUUUAUCUCACGAACUCAUAAUUGAGAAUUUUUAGCUCUAAAAGUUAUUUUUAGCUGAGAAGCAGAGGAUAGGACUGUACCAAAAACACAGUAAAUAUUUAUUCUUUGCUUUUUUCUCCAUUGUUUUAGCUAGUCGUUUGAAGAAUUUUGCUUAUGGCAACUGCAUUAACAAAUGCUGCAAAUAAAUACUAGCUAAAGUUUAUCUUCUAAAUGUGCUUAAAAAUUUCCCCCUUCUGUUCACUGUCUAUAUUCCAGUGUCUUAUUUGGGAGAAAGCAGUAUUUUCGUGAGAGAUUUGAUUCUUUUAAACUGUGUUUGUCUAGAUGACAGUGAAACCUUGAAAAUAAAAACAGAGGGUAAAGUUCUAUAUUCUCAUCUCCAUAAUUGCCUUUAAUUUAGUUUGCAGAGUACUUUUAAACCAUCCCAUCUAAUAGAAUUUUUUCGUCCUAUAAUUUCAUUAGUCUCUCUGUAUCAAGGAAAUACAUUGUAGACUUGACUAUGAAAUACUUUGUGGCCCACUUCUACAAUAAUUUUAAGCAAUAUUUCUUUAGUGAGUGUCUGUUUAUAUGGGGCAUUUGCUACGCAAAAAUGGUUACCAUCAUGUAUUCAAAAGAACAUGCAGGAGGACAUUGGUGCUAAUUAUACCUGUAUACAAUCUGAACUGUGUCACUUAACUAGCAUUCUCACUCUGAUAAAUAACUUCGGUCUCUCUGAGCUUAUAAAUUUCCUCACUUAUAAAAAUAAGGGCUGCAGUACCUAUAUUAGGUAGGGUACCUAUGAGGAUUAAAUGAGAUGAUAUGCAUAAAGUUCCAAGUACAGACUUUAAUUACAGAAAGGAAUAUGAAAUUCUCUUUACCUCAGAGAGCUUACAAUCUAAUUGGAAAGACUUAUUAACAGUUGCAAGGUGGAACUGAUGGCUGUAAUAGAUGUGUAAUCGUGUUGUAAUGUAUAUAUGAGUUCAGGUAAAAAAAAAAAAAAAAAAAAAAAAAGUACAGCCAAACAGUAGGUUCCUUUUCUAAUAUUAAUGAAAAUCCAUAAGAGAGUUGCGAAACAGUAUUGUGAACAGUCCAAUGAAAUGGCUGGGUAAGAGGUCUCAUCCAUCUAUCUUUAUCGAGCACAGUAGGGAAAUGUAAUUUGUCUUGAGAUAAAAUGACUUUUAAAUGUGGUCAUUAGCUCAAGUUCUUUUCAGUUCAGUGGCUCUGUGAUGGCAGCCAUUGUAAAUCCAUCCCAAUUUAACUUACAAGUUUGGUUUUAAUGUUUUUUGGUUUUUUUUUUUGAAAGCAGCUACUCCUCCCCAGCUAGCACUCCUACAGAAUCCACAGAGACAUAGUAGAUGCUUGCUGUAGUAACAGGUGUCAGUUGGAGAGUAAGAGGUGCUGUAUCUUUUGAACCCACCAAAAUUGAAAUGCAACUAACAUAACAUUUUCAUCAAUAAGUUCCAGUAAGAAGAGUCUAUAUCACAGGUUCUGUGUAUCAGAAUCGCCUGGCAGGCUUUAAAAAACUCACCCCCCCCAGUGAAUCUAAAUAUGUGAUUGAACUUUAGGAGGGGGCGCCUGGCGGGCUAGAAGCGUGAAGCUCUUGGUCUUGGGCCGUGAGUUUGAGCCCCACAUUGGGUGUAGAGAGUACUUAAAUAAAUAAAGCUUUAAAAAAAAAAAAAGUUA